CCCAACACUCCAUUCCACUCCAUAUCAUGUCGAAGAACCGGGUUCCAUUGUAUCUGGGUCUCGCUGCGGCGGGCGCAGGCGGUUACUACUUGUACUCUGCCGGCGGCGAUCCUUCAGCAGCAAAGCACCAAAUGAGAAUCGACGCUGAAAAGGCACGAGAGAAGCUCCCAGGUACAAAAAACGCCGAGAAGUUUGGCACGGAUGUCGGCAAGGAAGCCGGUGCUAAUGUCGAUGAUGCUAUCACCAGAGCCCGCGCCGAAGGCAAGGACUUAGCUCAGGGGAGCAAGGAAAAGCUUGAUGGGCUCCGUGAGGAAGCAAAGAACAAGUUCAAUGCCAAUCGGGAUAAGAUCAACAGCAGUGUUGACGAGAUCGAUCGCGAGGUCGAGCAAAAAGCGGCUGAAGCCAAGGGUGCUGUCUCUGGCUGGUUGGGUGGCAAGAAAUAA